AGCUAAAGGGAAGCAGCAGCAGCCGAAAGCCUCGCCUGGCGCUGAUGUCAGGAGCGGGGCUGGCUCACGGGAGGGUGUGUGGUUGAGUUCGGCUGAGCUUCAGGCGGCUCCUGGCUCCUGGCUCCAACUUCCCGGGCGCCGAGGCGGGCUGCGGAGCGAGACGUUAAGUGGGACAAGGAGGACGCGAUGUCCGACAGCAAGGAGUGGGCCACGCUCAGCCCGGAGGAGUUCAGCCAGCUGCAGAAGUACCUUGAUUACAGCAACAAGAAAGUGCAGGACGUGCUUCAGGAAUUCUAUGGAGAGGGAACGUUGUCCCGGCACCUGCAGGGGGACUCAGUAGACUUUGAUGGUUUCAAGCUCUUCUUAAAGACCUACUUGGAGACAGACGAGAUCUCCGACGAACUUUGCCGCCACCUCUUCAUGUCUUUCCAGACUACUGUGGGGCAGGCCACAACAGAGCCAAGAACGCAACCCGCCCCUGGUUUUGUUUGUGUCAAUGACGUCUCCUGUUACUUCUCACUGCUGGAAGGUGGGAGGCCGGAGGACAAGCUCGAAUUCACCUUCAAGCUCUACGACAAAGAUGGGAACGGCCUGCUUGACAGUUCAGAGGUGGAUCGUAUCAUCACGCAGAUGAUGCGCGUGGCUGAAUAUCUGGAAUGGGAUGUCACUGAACUUAAACCGAUCCUGCAGGAGAUGAUGCGAGAGAUUGACUACGACGGCAGUGGCACGGUGUCUCUAUCUGAGUGGCUCCGCGGUGGCGCCACCACAGUCCCCCUUCUGGUGCUUCUGGGGCUGGAGGCUACCAUGAAAGACGACGGACAACAUUUAUGGCGCCUGAAGCAUUUUAACCGCCCAGUUUACUGCAACGUGUGCGAGACGCUGCUGUUGGGGUUGCGCAAGCAGGGUCUGAGCUGCACCUUUUGCAAGUUCACAGUUCACGAGCGCUGUGCCCGCAAGGCCCCGCCAAGCUGUAUCAGCACUUAUGCCAAGAACCGCCGUGACACCAGCGCACAAGCCCAUGUCUGGGUCAGAGGCGGUUGUGACGGCAAUAAAUGUGACCGGUGUCAAAAGAAGAUAAAGAGUUUCCAAAGCCUGACAGGCAUGCACUGUGCCUGGUGCCAUCAGAAGAUCCACGAUGAGUGCCUGUCUCUCAUGUCUUCCGCCUGCGACUGUGGGGUCCUCAGGGACCAUAUUCUGCCACCUUCAGCAAUCUACCCUGUUGUGCUGGAGCGGCAGAACAGUCAGAAGAAUGGAGUCUGUGGGACCCCUUCAGAGGAGCCAAGUCAGCCCUUCACCACCCCUGAGGGACAAGCAUUACGAAUCAUCCCAGUGCCUGACACUCACCCCUUGCUUGUCUUUGUCAACCCCAAGAGUGGUGGGAAACAGGGAGAGAGGGUGCUGCGGAAAUUCCAGUAUCUCCUUAACCCACGGCAGGUCUACAACUUACUGAAGGGAGGGCCUGGACCAGGGUUGAAUUUUUUCCGGGAUGUGCCAGAUUUCCGUAUCCUGGUUUGUGGUGGUGAUGGCACAGUGGGAUGGAUCUUGGAUGCCAUCGAUAAAGCGAAUCUACCGAGUCGGCCUCCGGUAGCUGUCCUGCCUCUAGGAACUGGCAAUGACCUGGCCCGCUGCCUUCGCUGGGGAGGAGGUUAUGACGGUGAAAAUCUGGUGAAGAUCCUGAAAGAUAUUGAGGCCAGCAGCAUCCUGCAGAUGGACCGUUGGUCGGUGCAGGUGAUACCGGAUAACCCCGAGGAGAAAGGUGAUCCUGUCCCGUAUGAGAUCAUCAACAACUAUUUCUCUAUCGGUGUUGAUGCCUCCAUUGCCCAUCGAUUCCAUGUCAUGAGGGAAAAAUAUCCGGAGAAAUUUAACAGCAGGAUGAAGAACAAACUCUGGUAUUUUGAGUUUGCUACGUCGGAGACCAUCUUUGCCACAUGCAAAAAGCUCAAGGAGUGUCUGUCUGUUGAGUGCUGCGGGCAGCCUCUUGACCUCAGUGGAGCACUUUCCGGAGUGGCUAUUCUCAACAUUCCCAGCAUGCACGGCGGCUCCAAUCUCUGGGGCGAGACCAAAAGGCCCUUGGGGGAAGCAGCAGCGCGAAGCACAGCAGGGGGGGCAGCACAGCCCCAGGUGAUCACCGAUGCUGAAACGCUGAAGAACUGUGUGCAGGAUCUGAGUGACCGGCGCGUGGAGGUGGUCGGCUUGGAGGGUGUGAUUGAGAUGGGACAGAUCUACACGGGGCUGAAGAGCGCAGGCAAGCGGCUGGCCAAGUGUUCUGAAAUCAUGCUGCGCACCUUCAAGCACCUCCCCAUGCAGAUUGAUGGGGAGCCCUGGAUGCAAGCACCAUGCACGAUCAAGAUAACCCACAAGAACCAAGCCCCGAUGCUCAUUGCUCCGCCUCCCCGAUCUUCCAGCUUCUUUGGCCUCAAGAAGGGACCCCAGGAGCCAUGAAGGUGCUUUGGUGCCUGCCGGGGCACAGCAGCCUCUGGGCCUGUGCUUGGGAUGUCGUAUGUCCUGCACCGCUGGGGGGGGGGAUCCUCCUCCAUCAUUGCCACAUGAAACUGAUCGAACCGGACCGUGCUCCUUGCUGCCUCGUACGUGACAAACGGAGGGCCCGCUGCCUCUGCCACGCAGACCAGCCUUGCCGAUUGGGGGAGGGGUCCUGAGGCUCUCUGCCCAUUAGGCUUUGUACUACCCUCCUACUCAGGGUUGCCUUCUGGGCUGCCUGAGUAUCCUGUGACCCUCCUUCCUCGCGGAUGCCAAAUCCUCCUCCACGGCCCACCGCGUGGCCCCCUAAAUUGCCAGCUCUCGCCCUUGUGCUUCUGCCCCUUGCAGAGUCCACCCUCUGCACUUGAGGUAACUGCUGAGAGACUGGGGGGGGGGCGCCAGCUGUUCCCUCCCACUCCUCCCGCCUCCCUUUUUAUUUAUUGCAUCUCCGUUCCAAGUCCUCCACUUGCAGUUAAGUUAUCAGAAGUGCCUCAGCGUAGUAAUAAAGGGUCGGGGUGUUUUUUUUCCUCCUCCUGUUGUAUCUGAUUUCUUCGGAUGUGGGUGUACAUGGGAGAUCUGGCCUGGGGAGUUCCGAGGCUUAAGAUCUUCACGUUGGCCAGGCCUCUUAAAAGUGAGUCAAGCUGCAAACCCCAUGCUGAGUAAAAGACCGUGUGUGAAUGUGUUGAAUGUGUGCACGCACCUAGAAAUAAGUGUUCACUAGACCUGUGAUCUCUAACGUGUUGCCCGCCCAUGGGUUUCCUAGUGCCCAUUUGCUUCUUCCCCAAAGCAUCUCUUCCAGAAAGCAAAGAGCCAGUCCCAGCUUUCCUCCACCUCUUUGGAGCAGGAGGUGAUUCAAAAGAACGCGAGAGGCAUCCCCUUUGUGUCUGCAGGGAGCAUCCAUUCAGAAACAGUUGCCUCCAUCGUAGGAGGGUGCUUGGCUGGCAAUUAGCCAGCAUUUUGGGAUUGGCUGCUCUGGAGAGCGGGGGCCACUUUGUAGUGGCACCCACUUCCCCUUCUCAGCAGUGGCUCAACAAGAUUGGGAUCCUUACACCAGACUUUGGGGGACAUGAUAGACAGAUGGAAUUUAGGCAAAGCCUUUCCACUUCUGAGGCAGAACCUUUUUUGCACAUCUGCAUUCACGUAUUGCCUUGGGAGGCUUACGUCUCAGCUGGGUAAAAGUUUGGAAUCGCGGGGCACGAUUUCCAUCGACGCGUGGAAUGUUCACACCACUCUUGCUUUGAGGCAGCAGCGUAAGGUGGAGCAGAAACGACUUGCUUAAUUUCUGGUGCUGUUUUUGACCCUCUCUGACAUCCUAUAAUAUAUGGUUGCAGUCUUAGUAACUCCCGAUAACUUGGUUGCUUCUAGGUCUAUUUGCAACACCAGGGCCCUCAGUCUGUGAGCAGGGAACUAUGCCUCUGGCGACGUGGCAGGACUCUUCCGUUUUACCACUGCAGUACUGCUGGCCCUGAUCGUGCAAUUAUAGCUUGCUAAGAGUCUUCAUAAUGUUGUGGCUUGAAAGGGGCUUCAGCUGGCUAUGGGUGACUAAGAGAAAUGACCUCCGUUGGGGAAACUGAUUUCUCUUCAGAUUCCUUAAUGAAGCCUCUUUGGUGCCACAUAGGUCAGCAGAGAAGUGAAACUGUUUAGGAUGAGAUGGCAGGCAGUUUUGAACGUGCUAUUCUAUUUCAUUUCUAAGGAAAACUGUCUCCCCCCGCCCCUUUUCAUAGGGCUCCAUGAAAACAAGUACAUAUAAGCUCCUAGCUUUUCCUAUUAAAAACGAAAAGCCUUUGACAAACCACUCCUAAAAUAUACUAGAUAUUGCAGAGGGAGAGAGACCAUGUGUUACUUAUCGAAAUCUAAGACCCCCCCCCCCGCCAAUUUCACCACAGUGCUGACUGCACUUCUGGACAUUUUUUUUUACAGCUUUCCAGGAAAGAGCUUGAAAUGCUCUGAGAACAAGCACUUUGACCUGAGCAAAUGGUUAGUCACAUUAUGGACAAACAAUGUGCGCUAGGGGCAGCUCUUGCCAUAGCUGAAAAGGUAUCCUCCGGUCCACAGCUUCAGAUUGUGCUGAGAGCAAGGAUAGUUUUUAAGAACUGUGUCUGUUUGGGGAAGGGCUGCUACCCAUUCUUCUGGACUUAAACCUAGGAGAGACUCGUUUUUUCUUCCUUUGUAGCCUCAAGGUUGGACUGUUGUGCUUUGGUGAGCCCCAGAGAAGGGGAGGUGACCGUUACUCCCACCUUCCUCUUGGCCCUGUUCUGUGCAAUAAACAAGGGAUCGUGGAGGCCUCUGUUACCCAUGGCUGGCAGUGUAACAUAAUUUGGGAGGUCCCUGUGAAGUCCCAUGUGUGCCACUUAAUGAGUGAAGGACAGACUGUAAUGUAAUGAAGAGCCUGACAUGAUUUGUGCAAAUAUCGCUUCUGAAUGCCUGAAGUCCUUUCCCCAUUUGCCACUUUGAGCACAAUAAAAGUGCAGUUAUUGGUCUUCUGGGGCAUGGAGUCCAUAUGUCUUUCCUGAAGGCGGCACAGGGAGAUGACGGUUUUCCAGCAUACGCAGGAUACCCGCGAGGACUGCAGAUGUUGGACUGCUUGUUGUUUGAAAUAACGCUGUACAGAAUUCGACCGUCUAGUUCAGUGCAAAAUACAGAUAACUCUCAUGAAUGACAUGUUAACAGCCAUUGGGUCCGCUGAUGGUUGGGACAGAUGCUGACUCCGGGAGGGAGGGGGGCAGAUCAAGGUAUGGCCCACUCACACCAAGAGCAGAAAUACAUAAUAAUGUUAAUUCCAUAUACCAUUUUAGUAACUUAUUUUAUACAAUGCAUCCAGCACGGCUGCAGUUUUAAUGUGGAAAGUGCUUCCCCCUUAAUCCUUUAAAAUCAGUUGUCGUUGUCCCCGCACUCUCCCCUCCCCACUUGGGCUGGUGAUUUUCAAUGGGAAAGGAGGAUAAUUGUAACACCCCUCCACACACCAAUCAUCCCCUUUAAAAUCACAGCCCCAUUGACUGUAUUGUAUAAAAUAAAACUUUGGAAAAAAUG